UAGUUGAAGAAGAAAGGAUGGCUGCAUCGCACAUUCUAAGCGCGGUGGAGCCGACCGUCGGCGGCGGAGGUUCUCGAAGUGGUCGUGAGCGUGAGGUUUCCGUGGCACUCGACGACAGGGAACUAUGGGUUCGCUUUCAGACCCUUACAAAUGAGAUGAUCGUUACUAAAAAUGGAAGACGAAUGUUUCCCGUCGUAAAAGUAACCGCUAGUGGCCUAGAUCCAACAGCAAUGUAUACUGUUUUACUGGAAUUUGUACAAGUUGAUUCGCAUCGAUGGAAAUACGUGAACGGCGAAUGGGUUCCUGGGGGAAAAGCAGAAGUUCCGCCUUCGAACGCGAUCUACAUCCAUCCCGAGAGUCCAAACUUCGGAGCCCAUUGGAUGAAAGAGCCGAUUUCAUUCGCUAAAGUCAAACUUACAAACAAAACGAACGGUAACGGACAGAUAAUGCUAAACAGCCUGCACAAAUACGAGCCGCGAGUUCACCUAGUUAAAGUCGGUACCGACCUUCGUCGGAUCAUGACCUAUCCUUUUCCCGAGACACAGUUCAUCGCAGUCACAGCGUAUCAAAACGAAGAAGUUACGUCGCUGAAAAUCAAAUAUAAUCCAUUCGCAAAAGCGUUUCUCGACGCCAAGGAACGACCGGAGGGCUAUUAUCAAAGAGAUUUUGUGGGAACCCACUAUCCACAGCAAAGUUCCUCGCCACAUCAGUACUCACAAUUUGGCGGUUGGUUCGUUACGUCUCAGUCUCUGUACGGGGGCGGCGGCACAGCAUCGCGGAGGCCAGCGCCUUACCCUUCAAGGCCACCUUCCCGACCAAGAACCUUGUCGCCGCCCUCUGCGUACAGUAAUUCUGAGCGCACGACCGCUGCGCCGAAUGGAAGUAGUAGCUAUACGUGGUCGAGUAGUAGCGGAUAUUGGAGUGCUGCGCAGGGCGGCAGUUCGCCUCAGCCCAGCACCUCGCCGGCUCCGUACCGUACACCGCCUCAUGCGUACCCUGCCCCCUUGGAAUACACGUCGGCGCCCCCAACCAGUACCUCAGCCCCGACGUCAGCACCGGCGCCCCUGUACCCCAUACAAUACGAAGCGCCCCCACAGCAUCAUUCGCCGUAUUAUCAACACGCGUAUGCUCCCUAUGCACAUCACGCCAUUGAGGAUAUUUCAUAUUGGCCUAACAGUUUAAACACUUAUGGUUACCAGCCUUCAGAAUAUGUGGGUACUGGCGAAGCUGCUUACAGUACCGAAGGUAUGCAAUUUGGUCCUACUGGCCCCGCAUUAGAAGCAGCGGGACAUAGUGCCGAAGGCAGAGCCUCCCCAUCAGGGCAGGACCAUUCCACAUCUGAUAGAGAAUACAAAUUUAGCACAGACGAAACCCGUCAUUCCCCUUGUGAAGAAUCUUCAAUACCUCCACGUUCCCCAGCACAGUGA